ACAGAACGACUCGGCUCUAUUUCCUCACUCCGUGACAGGCCGCCUAAGGUAGCAUCACGUAUUUUGUUUGAUCUAAGCAUCCAACAAAACCGAACUACACAGAAUGGCUUUCAACAAACUCGGCAUUGACGAUAUUGAUGUCAGUGACCAAAGGGUGCUACUCAGAGUUGACUUCAAUGUUCCAACCAAGGGCGGCAAGAUCACCAACAAUCAAAGAAUUGUUGCUGCUCUACCAACUAUCCAGUAUGCUCUGGAGAAAGGAGCCAAGUCUGUUGUGGCCAUGAGUCAUUUAGGGAGGCCAGAUGGAAAACCCAAUGAAAAAUAUUCCUUGAAAUGUGUAGUUCCUGAACUUGAAAAACUUUUGGGAAAAUCUGUUACAUUUCUUUCUGACUGUGUGGGUCCCGAAACGGAAGCUGCCUGUAGUGAUCCUGAACCAGGUUCUGUUUUCCUUUUGGAAAACUUGCGUUUCCACUUAGAAGAAGAAGGUAAAGGAACUGAUGAUCAUGGUCAAAAGAUCAAAGCAAAAUCAGAUGAUGUUAAGAGGUUCCGUGAGUCAUUGUCGAAACUAGGAGAUGUUUAUGUCAAUGAUGCCUUUGGUACGGCUCACCGAGCCCACAGCUCAAUGGUUGGUGUUCAACUCCCCCAGAAAGUGGCUGGUUUCCUCCUCAAAAAGGAACUAACAUAUUUUGCUAAGGCUCUUGAAAGACCCGAGGAACCGUUUUUAGCCAUCCUUGGAGGAGCCAAAGUUGCUGAUAAGAUUAAACUGAUUGAGAAUUUACUGGAGAAAGUAAAUCUGAUGAUAAUAGGUGGUGGCAUGGCUUUCACUUUCCUCAAAGUUAUUAACGACAUGGAGAUUGGGGAUUCCCUCUACGAUGAAGAUGGUGCCAAAAUUGUUAACCGUCUCAUAGAAAAAUCAAAGCAGAACAAUGUAGAAAUAGUUUUGCCUGUUGAUUUUGUAACUGGUGAUAAAUUUGCUGAAAAUGCCACAGUUGGUCAAGCUACAGUAGAAGAAGGUAUUCCUGCAGGACAUAUGGGUUUGGAUGUUGGAGAAGAGACAAACAAGAAAUUUUCUGAAGUUAUUGCUACAGCUAAGACUAUUGUGUGGAAUGGCCCUCCUGGCGUUUUUGAAUUUCCGAAGUUCUCUAAAGGCUCAAUGUCUAUGAUGGAUGCUGUAGUGAAGGCCACCGAAGACGGUGCCACAACUAUUGUUGGUGGAGGUGACACUGCUACCUGCUGUGCCAAGUUCAAAACCGAGACUAAAGUGAGCCAUGUCAGUACAGGAGGUGGCGCUAGUCUAGAAUUGCUGGAAGGGAGAGUGCUUCCAGGUGUCGCUGCUUUGACCACUGCAUAGCCAGUUUCACUAUGUUUGAAACUGAUGUAUUAUCGAAAGAAAUGUUAACAGCUGUUUUUAUUAAUACUAUGUAAAUUAUAUGAAAUAACUAAUGUACUCUCGAUAA